AUAACAAGGUUGUCCCCAAGUUUUAUUCACAGAGCUUCGCACACAGUAAUGAUGAAGCUAUUGCCAUGGCGCCGUUUAACCAUCCAUUCCAAAAUCGCCAAUAUUCCUUCUCCUUUAUCUUUCAACAAAACUUACCGUUUCCUAUUCCACUCUCAGCCAGGUGAAGAAGAUAUCUUCGACCCUCCAUUUUCUCCCACCUUAAACCCCCAUAAACCCAAGAAAAAGAAAAACGGACAAAAACAAGAGAACGCUUCAUGUAUUGAAGAUUGUGAAAAAGCUCAGGACUUUACUGUUAAUUAUGACUUGCCCUUUGAUUUUCGCUACUCUUACUCUGAGACCAACCCGGCGGUUGAGCCUAUUGCUUUCCGCGAACCGCCCCGGUUCUCUCCGUUUGGCCCGGGACGGCUUGAUAGAAAAUGGACCGGGACUUCAGCUCCGCGUCUACAGCCGGUGGAUUUGGAGAAAGUGGCUGAGGACCGGCGUCGGGUUCUCGGAGAACCGCUCUCUGAGGAAGAAACUGCGGAGCUGGUCGAGAAGUAUCGUCACAAUGAUUGUUCUCGCCAAAUUAAUUUGGGACGUGGUGGAGUUACGCACAAUAUGCUGGAAGACAUCCAUAGCCAUUGGAAGAGGGCUGAAGCUAUAAGGAUUAAGUGCUUAGGGGUGCCAACUCUUGACAUGGAUAACGUAUGCUCCCAUCUCAAGGACAAAUCAGGUGGAGAAGUUGUCUAUCGCCAUAUCAAUAUCUUACUCUUAUAUCGUGGUCGAAAUUAUGAUCCCAAAAGUAGACCUACUGUUCCUGUGAUGCUGUGGAAGCCUUUGGCUCCAAUAUAUCCAAAGCUUGUGAAGAAUGUUGCUGAUGGCCUGACAUUUGAAGAAACGAAGGCAAUGAGGAACAAAGGGCUCAAUGCUCCUCCUUUAACGAAACUCAGCAGAAAUGGAGUGUAUGUGAAUGUGGUGGACAAAGUUAGAGCGGCGUUUGAAACAGAAGAAGUCGUUAGAUUAGAUUGUACCCAUGUGGGUACAAGCGACUGCAAAAGAAUCGGUGUUAAAUUACGGGAUCUGGUACCAUGUGUUCCUAUCUUGUUCAAAGAUGAGCAGAUUAUUCUCUGGAGAGGCAAAAAAGAUGAAGUACAGAACUCCGGCUCUUGAAUGGAACUUAAGCUCACAGAUGUAUUUUGAAAUUUCGAGCUUCUAUCUCAGAGCAACGCAUUCACAAUCUUCAUUUGGAAAAUGAAUCUGGGGAGGCUUCUCGACUGUUGCUUGAACUUGUUAAUAGAGCUGGCCAUUAUGUUUGAUGACAUUAUCCUGGGUUCUCUUAUUGAUAGGUUUUUGGACUUGUGCUAAAUUAGGCAGCUCAGAUCACACAUUACUCUAGUUGUAAUUGAUAGAUUAAUUGAUAGAUGCCAUUGCCAAGGAAAUGCAAGUAGGGACUAGUGGCUGUAAUUAAUUCAAUACCAGUCCUCUUUCAACAGACGAAAAUUAGUGAAAUCUUGUAAUUGAUAGAUUAAUACUCUAGUUACAUGUAAUGUUCAUGCUAAAGCUUCUGAAAUAGAUGUUUUCUGCAGAGUAAUUUAGUGAAAGAAACAAUGUUGAUUGAAA